ACCAGAUUUAUUUAUUAUCGAUAGUACACUCGAUAAUUUUGUAACUUUAUUUCUUUUUCUUAUCCCAGCGGGUUAGGUUUGAACUACUAACGUUACAUUGUUGAACGUGUUGUGUAACUUGGGUUUUGAAUUGAUCCUGCAUUUCAUAAGUGGAACAAUGGCUCAAGAAAACGAAUUGCAGAGCAAGGAAAGAGCGGUUUCGGGAGAUGACAUUAUGUCUUCGUCUAAAGAUAGGAGUAAAGUUUUAACCGAAAGUAUAACAUCGAAUGGAAAAGAAGAGAAAAAACCGACCAAUGAAUUGAGUGAACAUUCUGUAUCAGCAUCAACUUACAGAAAUGAAAAUAAAAGCCAUGAAAAUAUUGAGAGUGGAUCAAGUGAGUUAGUUGACGGUGAAGAAUAUUCGCUUUCAUCCGAGUCUAUAGAUUUAGAAACGCUUCACGAUGUUGGAAUCACAGUUCAUAUACAGAGUCCAGGUGCUGAAUUGCUUUCAGUACAGUUGUCUAGUAUGGAGUUGGUGCAAGAAAUACAUCAAUUACUCAUGGAUCGAGAAGAUACUUGUCACCGUACCUGUUUUUCUUUACAGUUAAAUGGCAUAACUUUAGAUAAUUUUGCUGAAUUAAAAACAAUUGAAGGUUUAAAACACGGAUCAACAAUUAAAGUUAUCGAAGAACCUUAUACUAUGCGUGAGGCGCGUAUUCAUGUCCGCCAUGUGCGUGAUUUAUUAAAAAGUAUGGACCCUUCGGACGCAUACAAUGGUAUUGAAUGUAAUUCUCUUACGUUUUUACAUACUAUAACACAAGGAGACUUACUCGAAAAGAAAAAAUCGCGAUCUGAUUCAGUAGAUUGUACACCACCAGAUUAUGUAAUGCCCGGCGUGAAAGAAGCUCCACUUAUUCCAUUGCAACCAGGUUUAAAGAAUUCAAGAGUUUCACUGGCACUUAAAAUAUUAACCACCUCUGCGUGGAAUCCUCCUCCAGGUCCUCGUAAACUGCAUGGUGAUCUUAUGUACUUAUAUGUUGUAACCAUGGAAGAGAAACGAUUUCACAUAUCUGCUUGUCCUAAAGGAUUUUAUAUAAACCAAUCUACAGACGAAGUUUUUAAUCCUAAACAAGACAUUGCCAGUCAUUUGAAUCAUUCGUUAAUAGAUCUACUAUCGCAAAUUUCACCAUCUUUUAAACGCGCAUUUCAACAAAUGCAAAAGAAGCGUACUUUGCGUCACGCAUUUGAACGAGUUGCUACGCCUUAUCAAUUAUAUCAGUGGACUGCACCACAAUUAGAGCACACAAUUGAUGCGAUUCGUGCUGAAGAUGCUUUUUCAUCAAAGCUUGGCUAUGAGGAACACAUCCCUGGACAGACACGUGAUUGGAAUGAAGAGUUGCAAACUACUCGUGAAUUGCCACGUAAAACUUUACCAGAACGUUUACUUCGCGAGCGAGCUAUUUUUAAAGUUCAUGGAGACUUUGUUAUUGCAGCAACUCGAGGAGCUAUGGCUGUUAUAGAUGGUAAUGUUUUAGCUAUAAACCCUGGAGAGGAUCCAAAAAUGCAAAUGUUUAUUUGGAAUAACAUAUUUUUCUCGUUGGGCUUUGAUGUACGAGAUCAUUAUAAGGACUUGGGCGGUGAUGUAGCCGCCUUUGUAGCGCCCCGAAAUGAUCUUCAUGGUGUACGUGUUUAUAGUGCCGUAGAUAUAGAGGGUCUUUAUACAUUGGGAACAGUAGUAAUAGAUUAUCGUGGUUUUAGAGUAACCGCCCAAUCCAUUAUUCCUGGGAUUUUGGAGAGAGAACAAGAGCAAUCUGUUGUUUAUGGCUCCAUUGAUUUUGGAAAAACUGUUCUAAGCCAUCCAAAGUAUCUGGAAUUACUUCGAAUGGCCGGUAAGCAUUUAAAGAUUAUGCCACAUUCCGUACUAAAUGAACGCGAUGAACCCGUAGAGCUAUGCUCUUCUGUCGAAUGUAAAGGCAUAAUAGGUAACGAUGGCAGACAUUAUAUUCUUGAUCUACUUCGGACGUUUCCACCAGACGUAAAUUUUUUAGUUCUGGAUGAUAUCCAUAUUAGUCCUGAUUUGCAAGCUAUGGGUUUUCCAAUAGAGCAUAAACAUAAACUUUCCUGUUUAAGACAAGAGUUACUUGAGGCGUUUAUAGAAGACCGUUAUGUUACUUUUAUACGAAGUGCAGCUCAACAUUUACAAAGUUGCAAUUCCCAAAAGCCAACGGUUGGAAAUAAUAAUGAUUUAGGCUGUGAAGUAUUGCAACCGGAAGAGGAAAACCAAAUGUCAAUAAAAUCGAACAAUAAAGCGAACGACGUUAUGUCGGAGGCUCUAGGCGUUCUUAAAGAAGCACAGUUUAAAGUGGCUGCUUCUGAUGAGACACAGGCUGCUGAUGUUGUAAAACACGCGUGUGCCGCUGUUGGUUCAUUAAAAGAGCAAGAGUUCGAUUUUCGUUUCAACCCAGACGUAUUUUCGCCAGGAAUACGUCAUGUGGAUGAUUCAAGUUGUCAUAAUUCAAUUUCUAAGCAACAAAAACUUAUACAGGAUGCUGCUGAAUUUUUAGUUACAAAACAACUGCCGUCUUUUAUUAAAGAACAUAUGAAUCAUUCAUCACCACCGAUGGAUGGUACAAGUUUAACAGAGGCUUUACACAGUCAUGGCAUUAAUAUUAGGUAUCUUGGAAAAGUAAUAUACAUGUUGGAAAAAAUACCUCGCUUGGAAUACUUAUAUAGAAUUGCUGUUGUUGAAAUUAUAGUUCGUGCUACCAAACAUAUUUAUUAUUCAUACAUGCAAAAUACGGAUGUAAUGCAGUUGUCCAACGCCAUUAGUCAUUUUCUGAAUUGUUUCUUGUCUUCGGGCCAUGCUGCAUGCAUUUCAAAUGAUUCAAGUAAAUCUAAUCGUCGUGGAAAAAAAAAGUAUACCAAAAUUGCUAACGGUUCUGGAAGCAAAAACAUUUCAGUUGCCGAUAAUAAUGAUUGGCUACUUGUAACCCCGAAGUCAAUAUGGAAUCAAAUUAAAAAAGAAAUUAAAUCAUAUUGGGACUAUGAUCUCAAAUGUGAUUCAAUUGAAACAGCUAUCGAGAUAUAUGGUUUUCAUCGAAUGAACGUUUUGCGUGCUUUCUGUUUGAAAGUUGGAAUACAAGUGUUGUUGCGGGAGUAUCAUUUUGGUUUACGCAAUAAAGCAACGUUUAACGAAGAAGACAUUCUAAAUGUUUUUCCAAUUGUUAAACAUAUAAGUCCUCGUGCGUCGGAUGCAUACAAUUUUUAUACCACAGGUCAGUCUAAAAUACAGCAAGGGCUAUUCAAAGAAGGUUAUGAGCUUAUUAGUGAAGCUCUAAACCUUUUAAAUAAUGUUUUCGGAGCUAUGCAUUCCGAAAAUGGAUCUUGCUUACGUAUGUUAGCUCGACUUAGCUACCUGUUGGGAGAUCCACAGGAGGCCUUAGCAAUUCAACAGCGCUCAGUCAUUAUGAGUGAACGCGUUAACGGUAUUGAUCAUCCAUGUACCAUAUUAGAAUACACACACUUAUCUUUAUAUUGCUUCGCUAAUGGUCAAAUUGGUGCAUCAUUGAAAUUGCUUUACCGUGCUCGAUAUUUAUUGGUUUUGAUAUGUGGUGAAGAUCAUCCAGAAGUUGCCCUCAUAGAUAGUAAUAUUAGCUUAAUUUUGCAUGCUGUAGGCGAGUACGAGUUAUCUCUGCGAUUUAUUGAACAUGCAUUGGGACUAAAUUUGAAAUAUUUCGGAGAUAAGUCCAUGCACGUUGCAGUUAGUUACCACUUAGUUGCAAGAACUCAGUCAUGUAUGGGUGAUUUUCGUUCAGCUCUAAAUAAUGAAAAAGAAACGUAUGCCAUCUAUAAAUCUCAGUUGGGAGAUGCUCAUGAGAAAACCCGAGAAUCUGCGGAAUGCUUGCGUCUACUUACACAGCAAGCUGUACUUUUGCAACGCAAAAUGAACGAUAUAUAUUCCAAUGGCAAAUUAGGUACUGGGUUGCCUCCAAUUCACAUACAACCACCGACCAUGGGAUCUGUUUUGGAGAUGCUUAACACAAUAAAUGGAAUUUUGUUCGUUCAAAUCAGUCAAAAGGAUAUAGCUAAGGUUCGAACUGAAAUAGAGAAACACUUAAAGAAUACAAAUGACAACACUAUCGGAACUGGCCAAAAUAAUGGCAACUUAGAACACUCGAGUAAUAUGCCAAAUUCUUCACCUAACCUUCAAAAGACUGAGGUAUUGACUAAUGGCAAAGAUAGCAAUGGUGAUAAAGUUAGUGAAAGUUGAGUCCCCCGUAUUUUGUGAUUAAUAUUUCAUAUAAUCACAAAUAAUCAUGAUUACAUAUAUACUGAUUAUACUAAUAAAGGAUUCGCCCAUCUGCCAUUUUUAA